UUCCCGCUGUUUGUUUUGCUUGAAGGGAGUGGGUAAAGGCUAAAGGGGCUUUGAAACAUUGUUUUCGUGUUUGAAAUAAAUGACUAAUAUAUCAACAUUUCAUUACGUUAUACCGUUUAUAUUGCGUACGUGAGUGUAUUAAUGCUAUACCUUUUAGUAUUUUAUUAGAUUAUAGAGGUUUGUUUUCUGUAGAGAGAAAAGACAGUUUACUCAAGAUAAUUGUAGCAAAGAGAGUUUAAUCUUCAUUCAACAUGGACUUUACAGAAAGGAUGUUGGAACGUAACCGAUCAAGAUACUGCAAACCUGAUACUAAGGAGAAUACCAGUCAGACAGCUCCUUUGAAAGAAGUUCAUCACAACACUGUCACUACUAUUGCUUCAACUAGUGUUGAUAUAAAGAAAAACUCAGGAAGUAACAAGGUUACAAUCGAAACUACAGUAACAAUGAGGAAGGUUCCAAAUGUAACAUCUAAUUCUUCUAAGGAAGAGAUGGGAGAUGUAGAAGAGUCAACCUGUACUGAGGGGGAAAUCGAGUCCACAGAUGAGAAGGAAAAUGUCAGCUCUCUAGAUGAAAAAUCCCACAUGCGUCAGGGUACAAAAUCCAGACUUGAUAGACUGGGGGUAUUUUAUUCAGAUGAUCCAACUCGUUUGUCUUCCCCCAUCCACCGGACAGAGGAACGAUUUCUGGCUGCAGACAUGGAGUCAAGUGAGCCACAGAGAAACGACAAGGACUCUGGUCGCAGUGCACGUCUCGCUGCCCUCGCAGAGACCAUCAAUAACUGGGAGGACGACCCUAGGCACAUUCCUCUGCCAGAACGAUCUGGAACAAAAACACCAACCAAGGCAUCAGUUCUAAAAAAACACACAGUGUUCACAAAUAAGAAUACCAUCGAAGAUCACAGAAAGUUCAUCUCUCCUCAAAAAGGAACAAGUACUCGAUUGAAUGGAGUGACCUCCAGUAGGACGUCUCCCAGAAACUCCAAACCUCCACAUGCAAAUAGUAGAGGACAGUCAGUUUCAGAGAAAACUGUUCCGUCGAUAUUAAAGCGUUCGUCGGAUAGACGAACAUCUCCUCAAAGCAAAAUGAGUACGAAGAGUACAAAGUCCAUUGUGUGGGACAAGACUGUUAUAGAUGCACUGGUGAGACAUUUCCCUUAA